UGUAGUUGGCUCUUAUAAAAAUCGUCCUCUCCGCCGCUGGCUUCUAUUUAGCCAAACCCAAUCUUCCUUAGCAGCAGCAGCUAGGGUUUCUGCAUUUCUCUCUGCACCAAUGGGUAAGGGAACGGGAAGUUUCGGUAAGAGAAGGAACAAGACCCACACGCUCUGCGUGAGGUGUGGCCGCCGCAGCUUCCAUUUGCAGAAGAGCCGCUGCGCCGCCUGUGCUUUCCCUGCUGCUCGCAAGAGGAAGUACAACUGGAGUGUUAAGGCGAUCCGAAGGAAGACCACUGGAACUGGAAGGAUGAGGUAUCUGCGCCACCUCCCUCGCAGAUUCAAGAGCGGUUUUAGAGAGGGUACACAAGCGACUCCGAGGAGCAAGGGAGCAGCAGCUACUGCAUAAAGUGCUUGGUCAUUUUGAUUUUCAGAGCGUUUAUUGUGUUGGGCAAGUUUUUCUAAGUACAUUGUUUGAUGAGAAUUAUGACCUCUUCUGUUUUAGGUGUUAUUUUUGUUUACUCUAAACUGUAGUUGCUCUAAAUUUUGGAGAAGAAUGGUUAGACUGCUCUCAUUUGCCUCAGGUUUAAUGAACUUUUCUGUUCUUAUGUUUCGCUUAA